CGUUGUCCAAAACACAAAAGUUAUCCCCUUUUUCAGCUUUUUCUAGAUUUAGGAAUUCUAAAAUAUGCCUGUUACUGUUACUAAAAGGGAAUUGAAAAAUGUUAAAACUGGGACUGACAUUAACGUACCAAGUUACCAGAAGGCCAGCUCAGCCCGUAACGUGAAAGACUAUCAUGUUGUCGUCAUAUCUAAACUCCCUCACUUUAAGCUCCCAGAGCACAGUGAAGAAGACAUCGUCCAGUUUAUGGUUCCAAGAGAUUACAAUUCGUUUGAGAAACUUCAAAAGGAGCUACUCGAGCAGUUCCCUUCCCUCAAACUCCCCGAUCUACCUCGUAAACACAUCCUCUUCAUGUCCGACGAGGACCUUGAAGACAGACGAGUCUCUUUUGAUUGUCUCAUGAUAAUCGUCUCACGAAGUGUUGAACUCACGACUAGCAUACCGAUGCUAGAGUUCCUGGGUAUUGACCUACUCGCUGACAGGAAGUAUAAGAAGAGACGGGCAGAGUAUUUGGAGUCUAGAGGUCCCAGAACUUCGGGUAAAGGUGGAGUGACAAAGGAGGAGGAGGAGCCUGAAGAUUUGUUUAGCGAAAAGAAGAAGACAACUGGCGGAGCUGAGGAUAAAUUAUUUGAGGACAAUGACGAGGAUUUGUUUACUGAUUUUACGAGUGAAAAGAAAACAAAUAGAUCCACUGAAAGAGACCUGCUUGAUGAUGAAGCCACCAGCACAACUACUGUAAGAACUGCAAAGAUGACGCUCCUCGAUGAUGAUCCUGAGCUGAACAUGUCGAUACUUAAAACUGGAGAAAACGAGAGAGAAGGGGACAAUACCCUCUUCACUGAAAUAGAGGAUCACUCUGAUUUAUUAAAUGUGGGUACUUUGGACGACGUCCUCAAAGUUGCUCACGAGAAACCGAAGAAGAAACCGAAGCCAAAGAGUGUCCAGAAACCUCUUGGAGCGUCACUGUUUGACGAUGAGAAGGAAAGAAAAGACGGAGUGGAUGCCAUGGGAACUGAUGACAUCAGUAAAUACAUACAAAUGAACGAGCAAGAGGACGACGAUGAUCUGGAGUUGUUUUAAUAAUAAAUUAUUAUGAUUAUUAUUAUUUUAGGCUAAUUCACAAUUUUAUUCUGUUUUAUAUUAUGAAACUCAUGAAUGUAUACUAAAUCUCUUAUUAUUAUUAUUAUUAUUAUUAUUAUUAUUAUUAUUAUUAUUAUAUAACACAACACAAUAAAAUACACUAAGGACUAUUAUUAUUAUUAUUAUUAUUAUUAUUAUUAUUAUUUGUGAGACAUUCAGAUGCUAGUACCGACAACUAUUUGCUUUAAAAACUUGAAACAUUUUAA